AUGGUCCAAGUUUAUAACAGAGUUGUGAUGCUUCCCUAUCGCGUGUCCACACAUCAACAACGCACCGUUGUAAACAAGAGGUCGUGUGUGUGUCCAAGCCAAGUCUGGAGCCGUCCCAGCUCAACAUGUCCUCCCCGCAGGAGGGUGGUGGUGACUGGCAUCGGGGUGGUCUCUCCUCUCGGGACAGGCACGUCGCUGCCCUGGGAGCGUCUGAUCAACGGUGAGUAGGUGGGAUCGUUUGCUCUAGAUCCGGAGGAAUACAAGUCCAUCCCUUGUAAAGUGGCUGCACUUGUGCCCAGAGGAAAAGGGGAAGGAGAGUUUGACGAGGACAGUUUCACGACCCGCUUCGAAAGUGGACGGCCCUGUCCCCAGGGAUCGUGUGUGUGUGCUCUGGGUGCAGCACAGCUGGCCCUGGAUGACGCAGGGUGGUCACCUCAAACCCCAGAGGAACAGCUGAACACAGGGGUGGCCGUGGGCAUGUCCAUGGUGGACGUGGAGGAGUUAAGUAGAACUGCAAUUCUCUUGCAAACUAAGGGCUACUCCAAAGUAAGCCCCUUCUUCAUGCCUCGCAUCCUUGUCAACAUGGCUGCAGGUCACAUCAGUAUAAAGCACCGUUUGAAGGGGCCCAACCACGCCGUGUCGACAGCGUGCACCACAGGGGGGGCCCACGCCAUCGGAGACGCCGCCAGGUUCAUAGGUCACGGUGAUGCCGACGCCAUGCUGUGCGGCGGGGCGGAGGCCUGCGUGUGUCCUCUGGCCUUAGCAGGAUUCGCCCGGGCUCGUGCCCUGGCCACCAAGUGGAACCACGCCCCCCACCUCGCCUCCAGGCCGUUUCAUCCGGAGAGGGAGGGCUUCGUGAUGGGCGAGGGGGCCAGCGUGAUGCUGCUGGAGGAGCUGGGCCACGCGGAGAGGAGAGGGGCGCGGAUCUACGCGGAGGUCCUGGGCUACGGACUGUCCGGGGAGGCCUUCCACAUCACCUCCCCCAGCGAGGACGGGGACGGAGCGCUCAGGUCCAUGUCCGCCGCCCUCAGGAACGCCGGCCUGCUGCCCACGGACGUGACGUACGUCAACGCCCACGCCACCUCCACGCCGCUGGGCGACGCCGCCGAGAACGCGGCGCUGCAGCGUCUGUUCGGGGAGCACGCCGGCAACGUGGCCGUGUCGUCGGUCAAGGGGGCCACCGGCCACCUCCUGGGGGCGGCCGGGGCCCUGGAGGCGGCCUUCACCGCCAUGGCCUGUUACCACGGCGUCCUGCCGCCCACGCUCAACCUGGACCGCACGGAGCCCGAGUUCCCCCUGAACUAUGUCCCCUGCAGGGCCCAGCAGUGGGGGGCCCCGGGCCGGCGCGUGGCCCUCACCAACUCCUUCGGGUUCGGGGGCACCAACGCCACGCUGUGUCUGGCCAGCGUCUGACGACCAUAGGACCAUGAUACAUGAACAUAAAACAUGAACUAACAUUACUGUAAGGACCUUAUUUAUCUCACGUAUGUUCGCCUUUGUCUUAUUUAGUUUUGUCUCGCAAUGAUGAUGUAAAAUAGUAAUAAAUAUUUUUGAACAUGCAUAUAAUUGUAAUCAUGUUGGGGAGAGAUUACCCUUCUGUCAUUUGGUUGAUAGCAUAUCAAUACUCUGAGAGAUGGAUCACAGGAUCUGACUUUAUUGUAGAAGGACGCAGAGUGUAGCUGGGUGCAGAUCUACCCACAGCAUCUUGGUUAAUGCUAGGUUUUGAUUUGGCAGUAAAGUUUGAAGCUGAGGUUAGGGUUAGGGUCUGGAAUUAAGAUAAGGUACAAAGUUUGAAGCGCUAAAGUUAAGUAGGUAUUGGUUGAGGUUUAGGAAUUGUUUAGAGUUGCUGAAGUAUAAAUAGAUAGGUUAGAAAUAUAAAAGUUAGAAAUGGUUUCAUAAGACUUUGGCCAGUUGUCAAAUACCUUCACCUCCUCCAUCUACAGGAGGUUCUUCAUAGUCUAGCCUUACAGACCAGGACAAUGCCUAUCUGUUAUAGAACCUCAGCUCUCAGCCUCCUCUGGUUCCCAGGCACAUAU